GCCGUCAGCACCCCUCCCGGGCGCCUGCGACCCCUCCGCGCUGACCUCAUCGGCUCCGCAGCCUCCCGCGGAUAUAAGGAGCGGCCCCACGGAGGAGCGCGCAACCGGUGCACCGGAUCCUACAGGCGCUUGCAGACUUGCGACCGGCGGACUCGGAACCCCGCGUGCCCGGAUCCCCGACCCACCCCGCGGAGCCCUAGCCAGGCAGCCGCUGCGAUGCCGGGCCCUUGGUUAUUGCUGACCUUAGCUCUGACCUUGACCCUGACCGGUGCCCCUGGAGGCCACGCUCAACCCGAGGCUGCCCAGCUAGAGGCGGAGAUGGCUGCCGAGCAUCCCGGCCUGGAUGACCUCUUGCGCCAGGCAGAACGUUUCCUCCUCCUCCAGGAAGACAUCCAGAGGCUGCGAGGGGACCUGGGCGAGCACUCAGAGUCCCUUCAACCUGACUCGCUCGCCAAGCGUCAACAUCCGGGCAAAAGGGAGGAGGAGGCAGAAGAGGGAGUCGAAGAGGAGGAGGAAGGGGGCGCUGUGGGACCCCACAAACGGCAGCACCCGGGUCGACGCGAGGACGAGGCUUCCCGGUCAGUUGACAUAAGCCAGCACAAGAGGCAGCACCCUGGCCGACGCUCCCCCUGGCUGGAGGAUGCGGUCACCAAGAGGCAGCACCCAGGCAGAAGGCUGGUGGAUCCCAAGGGCCACAGGAGCUGGGACGAGGAGGAAGAGGAGGAGGAAGCAGAGGAAGCCCUGGUGGCUGAGAAGCGCCAGCACCCGGGCAAGAGGGCCCUGGGAGGCCCGUGUGGGCCCCAGGGGGCCUGUGGGCCUUCGGGCCUCCUUCUGGGGCUGCUGAAUGACCUGAGCAGGGGCCAGGGAAUCCAGGAGAAGCGGCAGCACCCGGGGCGUCGGGCAUCCGGGGCCAGGGAGCCCCUGGAGGGGUGAGCCCGGUUUCCUGCAAAGUCAAAUUUGGGGUCUAAGACUAUCUUGAGUGCCCACCCCAUCCCGGUCCCCUCUUCCCCUCCUCCUUAGGUCCCCAGCCCCAAACCACCUGUAUAACACGCUCCCAAUUCCCUGGCCUCGCCCUCCGGGCACCCAGGAUCUCCUCCCCUUCCUGAGCAUCCUUUUGUGGGUGGCAAGCGCCCUGCUCCCUCCGCUGGGCUCUGCUGGGGAAAGAAGCACCAUUCUUGGGAACUCCCUGUGUGGUGGCCCUGGGGACAAUGGCCGUGCGUGGGAAUAUUCCCACAUCUCCUGGAAAUUGUGGCUUGUAUAUAACCCCCCUCCGCAGGCACCUUCUCCUUGUCCACAUGAUAAUAAAACAUGCGUC